AGAUGUUGCCAGGAUCUAUCCAGAUCUCUGGGGAGACUUUAUCCAGCGCUGAGAUUCGGGAUAUUUGUGAGAGCCUGCGGGAGAACUCCAUCAAACUGCUUUCGCUCCGGGGUUGCCAGCUUUCUGACCGAGAUUUCGGUCGCAUCUGCAGGGGGGUAGCAGAGUCCCACUCCUUGGCUCAACUCAAUCUUAACUUGGGCAUCGUCUCUAACAUCAACCGGGUCAAGCAGUUGGCAGAAGCUCUGAAGACCAAUCGCUCUGUCCAGUCUUUGUUCCUCCACGGGAGUCCCCUGACAGAUGCUGGCCUGUCUCUCCUCAACCCAGCACUCUCCACUCAUCCCUCACUAGUGGCCUUGGAUUUGGGAGACUGCAUGCUAGGUGAUGAAGGUAUCAACUUGAUCUGUGGGCUUCUCCCUCCUGACGGCGCCAAGUCCGGUUUGAAGGAGCUGACCCUCAGUGCCAAUCCUGGUAUCACAGCGAAAGGAUGGGGCCGCCUGGCUAUUGCAGUGGCUCACAGUUCCCAGGUGCGAGUGUUGAACUUGGACUACAACCCCCUGGGUGACCAGAUAGCGGGGAUGCUGGCAGUUUCUGUGGCAUCCAGCCGCACCUUAGAGGUUCUGGACUUGGAAGGAACAGGACUUACCAACCAAUCAGCCUUGAUUUUACUAGACAUGGUGGAAAACUACCCAACAGCCUUGCGGACACUGAUCCUGGCAGAGAACAACAUCAGUCCUGAACUACAGCAGCAGAUCUCUGACCUUCUGUCUGAGGGUGAAGAGGAGGAGGAGAAUGAGCCUCGUGAAGUAAUGGCCAGAGAGAAGAACUCCUGGAUCUGCCAGAGCAACUCCAGUUCCCAGAUGGUCUUGGUAACAUCAGGCCUUGGAGAAAGCCUACUAGCGGAAACAGAGAUGUGAAUAGGAAAUUCCAGGUGCCUCUAAUGAAA